AUGCUCCAGCAGAGAGAGGGACUGGUGCAGCAAAGUUUGCUGGAAGCAAUUGCUGCUCCACCAGCUAAUCUUGCUUCUGAACCACCCUCAGGAAACCGUUAUUCUUGGAAAGCAGCAUCCAUUGACGUGUGCAGCUCCACUGAUGACCCUAGCCUGAAAAUACCAUGUUUUCCAUAUCUUGCAUCAACGAUGCUGCACGGCCUCAAGCACAGACGAGAGGAGGUCCCACCAGAGAAGCGCAGAUUCCUGGUGUGGAAGAACCUUGGCGACGUCUACGCGAAGCUGGGAAGCGAUUUUAACGAGUCAGCACUUCGUGCUUACGUCACAGCGACGGAGAUCGACGGCCAGGAUGCCGUGCUCUGGCACCGGCUCGGAUCCAUGGCUAUCCGAACUGAAGGUCGAGCGCGCCUGGCGAGAUACGCGUUGGAACAAGGCCUCACCUGCAGCCCUUACCACUGGGGGUGUUUGAACAAGCUGCUGGAGGUGCUGGUGUCUCUAGACGAUUGGCAGGCAGCACAGGAGCUCGCGGCCUACAUGCUCCACCUCGCGCCCACCCACUGUCGCGCACGGCAAGUGCUGGCCAUGGCGAACGAGGUGUUCCACCCGGACCCCGUGGCGCUGCAAGCAGCAUUGGACGGCCUUGCUGCUCGCGCCUCUGCUGGUGCUGGGGACUCUGCUGCUGCCACCCACGGUCGCGCGCAGCAAGUGCAGGCCAUGGCAAACGACGUGUUCCAUCCGGACCCCGUGGCACUGCAGGCUGCAUUGGACGGCCUUGCUGCUCGUGCCUCUGCCGCUGGGGUUUCUGCCGCUGGGGAUUCUGCUGCUGCAACCCCUGCUGCUGGUGCUGCUGCUGCUGCUGGCGAUGAGAAUGGCCUGGGUGUUGGGCGGUCAGCAGGUGCAACUGUAGUGUUGGAAGCGCAGGAGCAGGGGGCUGAGCAGCAGGGGAGCGCACUGGGCAAUGAGGUCUCCGUUCGACACAGCCCGGAGCUUGAGCUGCGCGGUCGCUCUUGGGCCGAGCUGAUCCUGAACACUGUACACGUGUUCCGCACGGUGCAGCAGCGGUCGGUGGAAAGGCUGGGAUUGGAGUACCCUCAGCCGGUGGCUGGCGUUUCUGUGUCAGUUGUGCUGGCGGACAGCCCGCAAGGAGGUGAUUCUAGGCGCGGCAGUGAAGGUUUCGUCAGAGAGGGCAAUGAAUGCGGUCGUGGAAGGAGUAAUGAAGGGCCCCAAGAGAAGCAGGAACUCCAGAGCGGCGCUGCUGCGGAACCUGUUUUGUCUGAAAGAAAUAGUUCUGUUGGUAUGGCAACCGUACCUAAAUCAUGCCCAGUUGAAGCAGCUUUCGAACCUACAGCGUUGCCCCAGCAGCCUUUUCCAGCCGCUCAUCCCUCCGAAUCGCCUCUGCCUGAAGCACCACUUGAUCCUCCCACGGUCUUGCCUCAGCCUGACCCAUCCUCCCGCGUCUCUGCAGUAUCUGAGCCCAACUCCAUUGCUGUGGUUGAUCUUAGCAUGGACGAGGACUCACAGUCGCCUCCCGAUGCCACAACCACACCCUCACCUAGUGCUGCGCUGCCUGCGGCUCCUGGUCCUCCUGAUGUUGAGGAUGCACUACCCACACUAACACCACCAUUUGCCGACUCACCACUGACACAGACACCAGAGACACAGACCCCAGUUACACAGAUUGCAGCGACUUUUGCUGAUGUGACUCCAGUAUCCACUCAAGAGGAGUCAUCUGUUGUUAUGCCUGCUGCCUUGGGACCCGCCCCUGAUGCCUCAGCUGCAGCUGCAACUGCGUCAGUGCCUGCUAUCACAUCACUUGAUACUGUCGUUUCUGAUGCUGUAGCCUCUGCUGUUGCCGCCGCUGAUGCUGCAGCGCCUGCAGUUCCAGCCAAGUCAAGGAAACGGCCCAGACACCCGUUGUCGUUUGUGGGCACGGAGAGGCGCACGCGGCAGCAGAUGAAGGAGAUGCAGCUGCAGGAGGCGAAGGGGAAGGAGAGCACCCUGCUGGAGAGCGCCAAGCCGCUCCCACCCAAGAGGUUGCGUGUGUUUGACAUUCUGAGUGCUUGCUUCAAGCAGCAGUCGCGCUUUAUAGGAGCCUGUGAUGGAAUCGGCUUGGCUGUUGCUGGGAAGAAUGGAGGGGGUAAGGAGGGUCUUGCUGCUGGUGUUGCUGAGGGUGGCGUUGGUGCGGAUGCUGCUGCUGCUGUUGGUGUUGACAGCGUUCGCGUGGGAAGUGGUGGUGGUGCGUGUGAUGGAUUGGAGAUGCUGCACAUGCUGCGACGCAAGCAGGUGCUGGUGAGGUUUUUCUCCAAGGAGGAGGAGUGGAGCAGCGUAGAUGUAGCAGCUGGUGCUGAAGCCGGUGCCAGUGGUGGUGCUUCAGAGGGAGUUAAGGCUGCUGACAGUCGUGACCCUGCAGGAGAUGCAAAGCGGUUGGGUGAGGUUGAGGAAGUGAGUGCAGCGGAAGUGGAGCAAGUGCAGUCAUUCCUCACUGCUCUACCCAAGCGCCUCCCUCUUCUCCAGGCAGCCUCUCUUAUCCUGCAGUACUUAGCCUCUCACCUUUCCCUCUGCACCUUCACACACUCCGUGCUCGACGCCCUUCUCUGGCUUGAAAGACAGGCAGCUUCGUGGGAAGGCCGCGCUCCCAAUGCUUGGCUGUAUCUGGGGGAGCUUUAUCUGUUGAAGGGGAUGCAAAGUGAUGGCGAGAGCAGAGGGCGGCAAGAGGCAGUGGGAGGGGCGGUGGAGAGGGAGUGCGUGCAUUGCCUUGCCAUGGCAGAGCAGGGGCAGAUGGACGAGGAAGGGGUGAGGUGGGAGGUGGAUGGGGGUGCGUGGGGCCGAGUGGGGGAAGGGAGGCAACUGCCAGAGCAAGCAGACGGAGAGGCAGAGGAGCUUGGUCAGGAGAAGGGGCAAAGUGGUUUAGGGGGUUGGGAGAAGGUGGGGUUCUGGGUUCGGCUGAGAGCAAGUCAGGGGCAGGUGGCGAUGAGGAGGGGCGAGCAUGGGAGGGCGAUUGAGCUGUUCACGUGGUGCAGGGAUGCACUGGGCAGAGCAGAGCAAAUGAGGGGCCGCUCAGACGGAACGGGGACAUUUCCAGCAACGGCUGGGCCUGAGGCAGUAGCAGCAGUAGCACAUGCAGCGGUGGAGGUACCUCAUUUAGCAUGUGUGUGGGGCCUCAGAGGUAGUAUUUCAGUGCAGAGUUUGGAUGAGCUGUUGAGCGAGCUGCAUGUGGACUGUGUCCUGGCAGGGCUGUCAGGGAAGGGAGGGGGCGAGACAGGGCAGGAAUUCCUCCAGCCGCCACAGCAGCAGCAACAGUUGAUCAAUAUGAUGAAGCCACUGCUGUUGAGGGACGGGGCAGCAGGAAUGGGCGGUGGAGCUGGGAAGCAGAGGGGCAGAAGCUUCUGUCUCCCGGGCUUGGCCUCUCACAGUUCAACCUCGGAAGGCUGUCAAGGGGAGAAUGCAGACAGCCAGCACAGCGAGCAGAGCUCUGGCAAGUGGCUGGAGACGCUCAAGAGGGUUGUUGCUGCCACACGUGGAAUGGCCCAGGAGCAGCCGCUGACUCUGGUUUGUUACAAGCACAUCCUCGCGCUGCUGUCCAGCAGAGUAAGCAUGGGGGCGCUGCCCCCUGCACCCGCGAAAGCAACGCCGGCAGUGUCAGCUGCUUUGGAAGGCUCUGCUGCUGCUGCUGCUGGGAAAGCCUCUGCUGGUGGUGGUGGCCAAAGUGAUGCUGGUGCGAUCUGUGAAGCGGAGCUGAUGCAGGCAGUGCAGGGGCUGAGGGACUUGACGGUUUCCAUGGCACUUGGGACAGGAUUGGACUCUCAGGUGAACGAGCAGCAUUUGGAGGAACUCCAGCAAGUCGUGGCAGUGCUUAUAGAUUUCGCCUUCUACAAGCACCGCCUGUUACAAGAACAGCCAGCGAGCCAGCUGUCAAGGGAGGUGUACCAGCCAGGCCUGGGUGCAGCAGCAGCGAGAAGUGGGAUUCUGGCGGCGUGGCAGGGGAUGGUGGUGGCGUGGCAGGGGCUGUUGGUGGAUCUAUGCAUGGCGCUCUGCUGCCUGCAGCACAUGCGCGUGUCUGUGGUUCCGACUGAUAAGGUUGCCAUGUGGGCCAUCACGCACAGCAUCCUUGCCUCUCAAGGUCUCUGCUGCGCCUCUGCCUCCCCUUCCUCCUCCUCAACGUCCGUUGACAUUCCCCCCUCGACCACACCCAACGCCGUCUCAGCCCCUGUCAGUGCAUCAUCGUCGUGCCGACAAAGUGGCAACGGCAGCACAGCUGCAGCAGAGUUUGAACGAGGAGAAGGCACUUCAGCAGCAGCGAGAGCGCCGAGUGGUAGAGGCGCGUUCCUUGCCCUGUCUGCCCAGCUGCUGACCAACGUAGAGUCGCUGCUGACCCCCUCGGUGCACGCGGGAAGUAGGAAAGCCAAGGCUGUUGCUGCGGGGGUUAAGGAGCCAAGAGUACGGGGUCUGAAGGGUGGAAAAGGAGGAGAAAAGAGGGAGGGAGGCAGUGAAGCAGGUGCUAGAUGGGGCAGCAAUGCGAGGGACAGGCAAAGGACUGGCGACGAUGGUCCGGGGUCUUCCGGUGACAAGGCAGAGAAAGCUGCUGUUAGAGUUGGUGACACUCCUAAUGCUGGGCGCGCGAGCAUGGGAAAUAAUGGCGGGGCAGUCAGUGGUAGUGGGCAGGGAGCAAGGGUGGAGGAUGCGCAUGGGAAGAGAUGUGCACUGCAGGAGAUUGAAGGGGCUAUGGAUCAAUGCUUCUUGUGCUUAUACGGAGUACAGCUGAGAGGGGCUGAGGAGGAUUGCGCUCGAGCAUUGAGGCACGUGGCACGGUUUGCCGCCGCCUUCACUAUCGAGCGGCUUGUGAAGCUGGUGCCGCUGCUGACCUCCAUCCACUCCUUCUUCCCCUCCCCUCCCCCUGCCAUCCUCGCCCGUCACUCUGUGGAGCCGUUUUUGGACGAUCCACGAAUAAACGACUGGGGAAUAGUGGGAAGGAUUGUGGUGCAGGGGAAGAGGUUGGGAGAGGAGGGGAAGUUGGGAGUUGGGGGGCAUGCGUUGCAGGAGGAUGGGGAUGCGGAGGAGGGAAGGAGGAAUAUGGAGGAUGGGGAUGGCGCUUUGGGUGUGAAGGGCAAGGAGAGGAUGCAUGAUGGAGGCGAGCAGCUCAAUGGUGCCAACACAUUAGAUGCAUCACCGGACCUCUUGUCCUACAUACCUGUCCUGCGCCCCAUGUCGUUUCUCUCGGAAUGGGCAUCCUCCCACCAUUCAGCAACACAGCAUGCAAACUCUUCCUGUGCCAUGAACAGUGACACAUACGCUGACGUGUACAAUCCGCUCUUCGCCAUGCUGGCCCGCAUAGAGCCCAUCCCCAUGGGCCACCACAUGCCUCCAGGCUUCUUCCUAGAGCCCAAGGGCCACUCCCACGUGCUGCAGGUCACUUCUCCUCUGCUCGCGGACCUCUGCUACCAUUCCAGCAACACCAACUCAUGGCUCAAGCUCGCUCUGUUCUAUGAUGAGGCCUCAGACCUCAUGUUGAACGAUGGGGCGAAGAUGAAGGGGCCUGCGGACUGGCAUGCGGAGGAGGGGGUGCUGGGGAGGCUGCAGGGGUACAGGCAGCGGUGCACUCGGUGCUUGGUUGAGGCCCUUGCUACUCCGGGCUGCCGGCUUCCCUUUGAAGUGGCCGCGCUUGAGCAGGGUGAUUCGAGAUGGGAGGGGUGGACGGGGCGGGAGGGGAGGAAGGUCUGGGAGGGGCGGAAGGGGAGUGAGGUUUGGGAGGGGUGUGAGGAGCAGAGGAAGAGGGUGGUGAGUGUGUUGGAGCUGCUGGCGUUUGUGGUGUAUGACUCGAUUCAGAACGUGGUGCCGUCUUAUGACAGGCUCAGGCACACGCAAGUCAAGGAUCACCUCUGGCUGAACCGCUGCCGCCUCGCCUUCCAACUCUUCCGCAUCCUGCAAUCACUUUCCCCAAACUGGCAGUACCCAUUCUUUCAGGGCAAGCUGGCCGAGAAGCUUCACCUGCCCGCCUCUCUCGCCCUCCCUGUGAUGCACCGAGCUGUCUCCCUGCGCCCCAAUGCUGUGGACACGGCCUACCGCCUGCACGCCUCACGGCUCAAGGCGCUUGCAAGGGGACGAGUUGAAGCUGCGCUGAGUGAUGAUGACAUCAGGGCGCUUGUGUCCAAUAGCGACACCAAGGAUGCUCUUGCCAAGAUUCUGCAACCGAAUGAAGAGGAGGCUAAACUUGGAAGGGACGUGACUGCGGCUGAGGAGAGCAUAGCAAGGGAGAAUGGCCAUGUGACAGACGGGGGGGAGAGAGAAAAGGAGGGUGGAGAAGAUGAAGGUGUGGAGGGCAGAGGAGAGGCUCAAGGAGAGAAGGAGGUGGAGAGGGGGGUUGCAGAAGGGAUGGGAGCUGACAAGGGAGCAGUGGGCAAGAAGGAUGGGAGUGAUGAGGAUUUGGAGAUGGGGAAGGGGGUUGCUGAAAGGCUGGGAGAUGACAUGGGAGCGGAAGGUGAGAAGGAUGGGAGUGAUGAGGUAUUAGAGAUGGAGAGGCCGAAGGAGGGGAAGGAAGGGGCAACACAGGAGGAAGAGACAGAUGAGGGGAAGGAUGGAGAAAAGGAGGAGGAAAAAGACGGGGGGACACAGAAGGGCGGAUUGAGAGAAAGGCAGGUGGAAAAUGAGGAGGAAGGAGGUGGUGGUGAUGGUGAUGGUGAUGGUGGUGGGGGAAGUGUGGGAGAGGGUGAAGAUGAGGAUGAUGAUGUGGUGCUGGUUGAACCGACCCAAGUUGAGCCGACCCAAUUUGAGUCAACGCAGGAUUCCUGCUCUGUCAAGAAGCGGAAGGGCGGUGACCUGCCCAGCGCCACCGGCAAGAAGCACUCGCGACUGGCAGGAGAAGGGGAGUCGCUGGGACAAGCAGAGCAGGGAGCUGCAGCUGGUGGGGAAGCCUCAAGAGCAGCUGCAGAACCAGCUGUGCAGUCAGAGGAGCAUGGUGCGGGCAUAGCUGAUGUGAAAAAGGAGAAGCAGCAAGCGGAGUUGGGAGAGAGCGAGCAGCUGGAGCAGCAAGGGAAGAAGCAGCCUGUGGUUGAUAUCCAACAGCUGAGGCAGCACUGGCCGUUGGUGUGGCAGCAUCUGUUCCAGGAGAGCGAGAAGGGAGUGAGAGAGUGCCUAGAAGGCGAUUUCAAACACUUCCACAGGGGGAGGUAUUGCCUGGCGAAGGCGUAUCUGAGGCGGGGAGCGCCUGGAGACUUGGAACGGGCCAAGUCAGAGCUCGGGUUCUGCUUCCGGAAGGCCAAAGUGGCGUUUGCGAUGAACAUGUGGGAGAUUUGUGUUCACACGAAGCAUGCCCCGAGGCCAAAAGGAGGGUCCAAGGGAGCGAGGGUGAGGAGGAAAGUGGUGGGGCUGGCAUCGGUGGAGGUGGCUGAGAGCUCUCGGAAGUUCAUGACGUGUGUGAGAGUGUACCUGAUGAUGUACCUCAGACUCUGCUGCUACACGGGCGACGUUGCUGCCUUGGAAGGGGCACUUUCCACUCUCAAGACUGACAAAGAGUUUUCCACGGCACUCGUUGACCUAGUGCCCUUAGCUCUCGCUCUCUUCGUGCUCUCGCUUCAUGCCUCCGUACACCCAACCUCUAAACAAACCACUCAACACAUUUCUGCUGCACUAGGCGUUGCCCUCCCAACAAGCGCCAUUCCCACAUCUGCGCCUGCUCCUGUGUCUGACGUUGCUGCAUCUGCGAUCUCUACUCCUUCUGCUGCUGCUCCACCUGAAAGCCCUUCUGCUGCAGUAGCUGGUGCUGCUGAGGCCGCUGCUUCAUGUGCUGCUCCUGCUGCUGCCAUCUCCUCGAGUGCUGAUGCUUCUCCCACUGCCACUGCUGCCACUGUUCACGUGCUGGGUCUUGCUGCUCCCGGAGCAUCAGCUGCCGCUGCUCCUGGCGCUGCUGAUGGCACUUCGGCAAGUCUACGGCGAGCAGAAGGCGAAUCAGGGAAUGAGCCGGCAGAAGCUUCAUUUGGAGACAGGCUACUGACGCUCUACCUGGAUAACGUUUCUAUCUGGGGCGAGGGUGCUGAGGUGCUCCGGUUGUCCCGGGUUGCUUACGUUGAGACGGUGACCAGGGGCGGGGAGGAUAGAACAAACGAUAAGGGUGGUGCAGCAGCACAGCUCUUGGCGUGGGAGGAGGAGCAGGAGAGGAGCUGGUUUGAUGUGACAGAAUGGCACGUGCUGUCAGCUCUCAAGCAGUACGUUCAGAGGAGCGACCUCGACUUUUUUGCAUCAGCUGCUGCCAAGAUCAGAACUCGAGCUCCCUCUCCGCCUCCUCCAAGCCCUCUCCCAGAGCAUCCAGUUACCCCAGGCAGCCUCGCCAACCCAGUCCAGACAUGUGGAGGCCAAAGCACACCCAGUCAUGAUGCACCGCAACCCGCACUUCCCUUCUCAUCUCUUCCACCCUCGGCUCUUCACCACACUCCAUCAGCCCCACCCUUCUUGCCUCCUCAUAACUCCCCCCACGUCCCCUUCCCGUCCGCCACCUCCCAACCCUCCACCCUCGGUUCUCUUUCUCCUCUGAAGCAAGGUGCUGCUUUCGCGCAGCGCAUGCACCUGCACACGAUGCUGUGCUGGUCGCAUGCCCUUCUUGGCGCUCUCUCAGACAUCCUCCCUGUCUCUGCCUGGCCUCUCUUCCCCUGGCUGCACCCGCUUUCUCUCUCCGACCUGCCGUCUGCCACCCCUCCUCUUCUGUGUAAGGGAGCUGCUGUGACAGAAAAGGAAGAGGAGAAUAACGGGGGGGCAGAAGAACACACUGGUUUAGAGGAAGGAGAUUGUUUGGAAGGAACUGAAGAAGACUCCGUUGGUGGAAGUGAUAGUGAAGAUUCGAUACUCGAUCUGAUCUCUGACGAUGAGGAUGAGGAGGAGGAGGAUGAAGUGGAUGAGGAGGGGAAAGACGAGGCAAAGGAAGUAGAGGAAGGUGGGAGGCGGGAUGCUGGGAAGUGUAUGGAUGAAGCAGGUAUGGGCAGGAAAGUAUGUGAAGGUGCAGGGGGAAAGGAGAGAGUGGAUCAACCAUCCACACCAGCAGCAGCAGGUGUGGAAUCAGGAGCAGCAAGGCCUGUCCCUGUAUUGACGAGGGGAGGGCUCAGAGUUACCAUACCACUGCUGCAAGGCCAAACUCUUAUGCAACCAGCACCAUAUCCUUCUUCUGCCUCUGAUGCCACUGCUCCGCCCCACAAUCCCAUGCAAUCACAGUCGUCUCUGGCUAUUCCUUCCAGCGCCAGCACAAAGGCCUUCGGUACAAUCUCAGCCACUGGUGCACCCGCUGCUGGGUCUGCUGCUGCGUCCCUCCCUUCCACUCCCUCUUGUGCUCCUUCUUUUCCAGGCAAACCCAUCUGCACCACUUCCUCUCCCUCCCCGUUCCCUGCUGCCCCCCCCUCCUCCCCAUUCCCCUCGCUUACUCCCCCUCGUGCCAAUCCGCUCCUUCUUAGAGCCAAGGCAAGUGAAAGCGAUGCGGAUCGAGCACUAGCCCUGUUGCGAUCAGCCAAGGCCUUAGAGCGGGAGGCCUCUGGGGAGCUUCCUUUUGGCAAAGUUCUAGGGGGAGGAAAGAAGGGGGGAGUGAGUGGUGGGGGAGGAGCGUUGGGAGUGAAGCGGAUGAAAGCUGCUGCGAGGGAAGCGGCGGGGUCUGGCGCGAGAGCAGAGGUGCUGGGAAAGAUUGUGGGAGGAGGGGGAGGCGGGGAGGCAGGACAGGGAAUGCAAGUUACUGGUCCGAGUUUUGUUGAAAACAGGAAGGCAGGUGAAGUACCGGAGCAAGUGGGAGGGGGGGAAUUGCCACGGGAAGGAAGGAGCAACGAGGAAGAGGAGGUGGAGGGAUGGCGAACGAGGCUCCAUGGUCUGAGCACGCAGUUGCUGGAAGUGGCCUAUGCUCUGGUGCAUGGCCGGUCACUCGCCGCCCUUGCUGCUGCUGAACAGGCGCAGGCACAGAUGAAGGUGCAGGCGGAGGAGCAGGCCCGGGCAGACGAGCUGGCAGUAGGGGGAAAGCGGGUGCAAGGAGAGACAGCCUUGAACAGACAGGAAGACGAGGGUCAACUGGCUCUGGUGCCAGACACAGAAACGGAGGCAAAGAAUGUGCGGCUGGAGGAGAGGCGUCAGCAUCGGUUGAAGGAGUCGGGUAAUGUGAUGGCUUCUGUGGGAGGAGAGGAUGGGGAUGAGGAGGCGGAAGAGGAUGGGAAGGAUGCAGGGGGUGGGGAUAAGGGAGAUGAGAAACAAGUAGAUGGUAAGGCGGCACCUUCGCGCCAGGGGAGCAGACCGGCAUUGUCGCUGCAGAAUGACGCAGGAAAGGUUUCUGAGGGAAAGAAGCAGCUCGCGGCUGCAGCUACGCCAGCCCUGGAAGCAUCCCCUACUUUGUCAAGGCCUGUCAAACCCACAACCAAGCCCUAUGUCAAGCCUCUUGCCAGGCCUCCCGCCAAGCCUCCUUCGAUGGCUGUAGUCAAACCUGGCCUCAAACCUGUCCUCAAGGCGAAGCAGAGUCCGAAAGCAACCUCAACCCCUCCUGCUGCUCCAUCAAUUCAUGAGAGUCUAUCAAUGUCCCAUUCGGCUCUUCAAAUGCAUCAAGGCACUCCAUCAACUUCCCAUCAAGGACCCAACAGAGGAGCCAGGCAGGGGGCGUCUGUGCAGAAGAAGGCAGUAAUGGCAGUCGCUGGGGCUGUGGGCGAAGACACGGGCGGGAAGGCCGGGAAGAUGGGGGGACAGGAGGUGGGAACGAGUGGGACAGUAAGGAAACCUGCUGGAGGAGGCAAGCAGACGGCAGGUGUUAGUGGUGGGGAGGGUGGAGCAAAAAGUAUGAGAGCAGUGCUGAAAAGGAAAAGAGCAGUGGCUGUUGCUGAUGAGAGUGCUCGACGUAUUGCUGCCCCAGGGGCGUCUGUUGAUGCUGCUGUCGGUGGUGCCGAUGACGAUAUGCCUGCACCAACACCAGCAACAACACCAACAGCAGUCACAGAAGCACCACCACGACCACCAGCGAUGGCAGGGUCAGGCGCUGUUGAUGCAAAGGCCAGCCAAGCCAAGAAAGCAGCGACCAACAGGGCGAGUCAACAGCAGCAAGGUGCACCUGUGGCUUCAGCAUCAGCACAUACAAAAUCCAAGGCCCCACCUGCUGUGGUGAAGGAAGUCAAAGUAGUCAUACCAGGCAAGACUGCAAUAGCUGUUAAAAAAAGGAAUGUGGCUGCAGAGGGGACAAUUUCUGGCAGGACAGGGACAAUGGGGGCUGCAUCAGUAGCAAAGGUUGUUGGAGAGGUGGACACAAGCUACGCUUCAGCAUCAGUACAGGGGUCCACAGGAAGAGGAUCAGCCAAGCUCCUUGCCAGAAAAAUGGGUGCUGCGAAAAGAGAGCCGAUCACAAGCACACCUGAAGAGACCAAUGCCAGAUCAGGCCAGGGUGUACAGGCAGCUGCAGCUAAAGUUGCUUUGUCUGGUCCGGGCAAAGGAGCUGCAGGCACAGUGGCUAUGGGUGGAACGGGUACAGGGCCUGUGAAAAAAAGGAAGCUUGGGGAGGGCAAAGGCAGAGGCUCAGUUGUGAAGCUGCUAGAGCAGCAGAUGGAAGGAGUAGCAGCACAGGGGGAGGGUAAGGCACCCGCUUUGAAAGCAGGAACAGCAACAACGUCUAAAGCUGGAGUUUCUCAAACAACGCUAGCAGAUGCUGCUAAUCCAUCUGAUCCAGGAGUCGCCACUGCUGCUGCAUCUGCUGUUGGAGUGGGAGGAAGAGGGCAGAAAAAAGGAGUGAAUCCAGGCGGGAAGGGUUCACUCAAAGUUGUACAGAUUGGUGCUCCACGAGAUCUUCCAAAACUGAAGCUGGGGAGUUCUGCACCUAAGGAUGGGACUAAGUCUGCUGCAGUAACAGUGGGACCAGUUUCAGUCAAAGCGGGAUCAGGCAGGUCCAACCAAGUCAGUCAAAAAGGCAUCUUCAAGAAAGGUGCGAAGGGCAAAACGUUGGCCAGUUCUGGUGCUGCUCAAAUGGCUAGUGGUGUGCCUGGUGGUGUCACUGAUGAAGUUGGCACAUGCACGGAUGUCACAAGGGAAGCCACUGGUGAGAAAUGCACACAGGAUCCUGCAUCGCAAGGCGAAGACAGUUCAGCAACCGUCCCCAGUCCUGGUGCCAUGAAGGUGCCUGCAACUCAAAGAAAAAAGCAGCCCCUGGUGAUAAAGAUUCAGAAGCCAAGGCAUGCUGUAGCUGUUGAAGGGAGCUCUUUGAGCAAAGACCAUGAUCUGGAGUGA